UAAAUUUUAAAACGUAUGCCACUCAUGCACUUGAAAUUGGAUUUCAUCAGAUAAGAAGAUAACGAGAAAAACAGAGCACUUUAGAAGCUGUGCACAGUUUGUACUUAGCAUUUCUUCGAAUCAAACUUUGCUCAAGUCUUCUACUUUCUAAUCGCGAGCUUCAAUGGCGAUGGCUAUGGCGGCAACUGCGCCCACUAUGAUUCAAUCGAAUGCAUGCAAUUAUCCCCCCACAUCUCUGCUUUUCUCAGUGUCUUCUAGCAGGCGUUUUGCCCAAGUCAAGCCGGCAAAGCUCGAUUUUGAGCAGUCUCGGCGACGGGUCGGUCAAACUUAUGCCACUCUUCUAUCUGAGAAUGGAGAAUACUAUUCGGAGAAGCCGCCAACUCCUCUGCUGGACACAAUCAAUUAUCCAAUUCAUAUGAAGAAUCUUUCAAGACGAGAGCUCAAGCAACUGGCAGAUGAACUUCGUUCUGAUGUUAUUUUUCAUGUUUCAAGGACUGGUGGCCAUCUUGGAGCCAGCCUUGGUGUCAUUGAGCUUACUGUGGUCCUUCAUUAUGUUUUUGAUGCUCCUGAGGAUAAGAUACUAUGGGAUGUUGGCCAUCAGGCAUAUCCUCACAAGAUUCUUACUGGUAGAAGAAAUAAGAUGCCCACAUUGAGACAAACCAAUGGUCUCUCAGGUUUUACAAAACGUGCAGAGAGUGAAUAUGAUGCAUUUGGUGCCGGCCACAGCUCCACAAGUAUAUCUGCUGGACUAGGUAUGGCUGUUGGUCGUGACUUGAAAGGAAGGAAGAAUCAUGUGAUUUCUGUCAUAGGAGAUGGAGCCAUGACAGCAGGGCAAGCCUUUGAAGCUAUGAACAAUGCUGGAUAUUUGGACUCAAACAUGAUAGUUAUCUUGAAUGACAACAAACAAGUUUCCCUGCCAACAGCAAAUCUUGAUGGUCCUACACCUCCAGUUGGUGCCCUCAGCAGUGCACUUAGCAGGCUGCAAUCAAGUAGGCCUUUGCGUGAACUGAGGGAGGUUGCAAAGGGUGUUACCAAACAACUUGGUGGCCCAAUGCAUGAACUGGCAGCAAAAGUGGAUGAGUAUGCACGAGGUAUGAUAAGUGGUUCUCGUUCCACACUAUUUGAGGAGCUGGGACUUUAUUACAUAGGUCCAGUUGAUGGGCACAACAUUGAUGAUCUGAUCACUAUUCUCCGGGAAGUCAAAGCAACGCACACGACUGGUCCAGUGUUGAUUCAUAUAGUUACAGAGAAAGGCCGGGGUUACCCAUAUGCAGAACGUGCACCUGACAAGUACCAUGGUGUUGCCAAGUUUGAUCCUGCCACUGGCAAGCAAUUUAAGGGGAAGGCUGCUACACGACCCUAUACAACUUAUUUUGCUGAGGCCUUGAUUGCAGAAGCUGAAGUUGAUGAUAAUAUUGUAGGAAUUCAUGCUGCAAUGGGAGGUGGCACUGGGUUAAAUAUGUUUUUGAAGCGCUUUCCAACUAGAUGCUUUGAUGUUGGCAUAGCGGAACAACAUGCUGUGACAUUUGCCGCAGGGUUGGCAUGUGAAGGCCUGAAACCUUUCUGUGCUAUAUACUCUUCUUUUCUACAACGGGCCUAUGAUCAGGUUAUACAUGAUGUAGAUCUGCAGAAAUUGCCUGUCAGAUUUGCAAUGGAUAGAGCAGGGCUUGUUGGAGCAGAUGGCCCAACUCAUUGUGGAGCAUUUGAUGUGACUUAUUUGGCUUGUCUUCCAAACAUGGUAGUUAUGGCACCUUCUGAUGAGGCUGAAUUGUUUCACAUGGUAGCAACUGCAGCUGCUAUAGAUGAUCGGCCUAGUUGCUUCCGAUAUCCACGAGGCAAUGGAGUAGGUGUGCCAUUGCCACCUGGUAACAAAGGAGUACCAUUAGAGGUGGGGAAAGGUAGAAUUUUAGGAGAAGGUGAUCGAGUAGCACUUCUAGGUUAUGGUACUGUUGUUCAGAGUUGCCUUGCUGCCAGUGCUUUGUUGGAAGAGCAAGACAUAACAGUGACAGUUGCAGACGCUAGAUUUUGCAAACCACUUGAUCGUGAUCUAGUUCGAUCUCUUGCAAAAGAACAUGAAGUAUUAAUAACAGUUGAAGAAGGAACAAUAGGUGGUUUUGGAUCUCACGUUGCUCAGUUUUUAGCUCUAGAUGGACUCUUGGACGGGAAGCUCAAGUGGAGACCAAUAGUUCUUCCAGACCGCUACAUUGAGCAUGGAGCUCCGAUUGAUCAAAUGAUUGAAGCUGGGUUGACAUCGUCUCAUGUUGCAGCAUCUGUGUUGAAUAUUUUGGGGCGAACAAGAGACGCUCUACAAAUGAUGACUUGAGAAUGCUAUAUAUUUGGCAUCCCAGUUUGACCUUGAGAAAUUUGGAGCUGCUGUUCAUAGAAAUGCAUGCAGCAUCACAUAGGACUCGUUAAAACUAAUGUAAAGUAGUGUAUUUUGUCAAAAAAGUGUUGCCUGUUCUCUAUAUCAUUUGGAGGGCAACAAGUCCUUUUGGAAUGAACAUAGAUCGUCUACCAACUAUUUCUUGUCUCUUCUUGCGUGCUUGGGUGUCAGGUUUUUGAACAGUCUGCAAGAGAACUGUUCAUUGUAUUCUAGCCAAUUGCAUGUGAAUCUGUGUUAGCCAUAACAAAAGUUUCAACAUUAUGGAGAAGGUUAAAAACAUUGUUCUUGUAGUUGCAUAAAAGAUAAAACCGCACCAGCUUUUCUUUGA